CCGUCGGUGGUGGCCGGGGCGGCCGGAGGGAGCCGCGCUUCUCCCUCGCGCGCGGAACGGUGGCCCGGGAGAUCACGGCGGUUGUCUUGGGAGAGCAGGCUCUGACAGGAGUGAGAAUGCUCAGGAUGUCCAGCUGCCUGCUAAAACUGACCAGGGUGGUGCUGAGCCACAGGUUCAAGGCUCUGUUUAUAAUCACCUUUAAGUUCAUGUCCUUUGCGUCCAUCAUAUUGUACUGGAGAAUCACCCAGGACCACAAGGGCAGGGGCCGGGUCUACAGCUUGCCUGUUGAAAUCCACUGUGGUCACUCUGUGCCUUCUCCUCCUGGCGCCACUGCUGGUGAGCCCCGUACUUCCCCAGGGGAUGUGUUUUUUGUGGAGACUUCAGAGCAAACAAACCCAGGUUACCUGUUUAUGUGCUCUGUGGAGUCAGCGGCCCGGGCGCACCCAGGGACAAGGGUUGUGGUGCUCAUGAAAGGUUUGGCAAACGGUAAUGGCUCAUUACCCAACCACUGGGGCUUCUCGUUGCUGAGCUGCUUCCCCAAUGUGGAAAUCCGGCCGCUGGACUUGCCGGAGCUUUUCUCAGGGACGCCUCUGGCAAAGUGGUACUUGCAGGCUCAGCAGCGCUGGGAGCCUUAUUACUUGCCCGUCCUGUCUGAUGCCUGCAGAAUUGCCAUCAUGUGGAAGUUUGGUGGCAUCUACCUGGACACAGACUUCAUUGUGCUUAAGAACUUAAAGAACCUCACCAACGUGCUUGGUACCCAGUCCAAAUAUGUCCUGAAUGGGGCCUUUCUGUCCUUUAAGCCCAAACACAAGUUCAUGGAGCUUUGCAUGCAGGACUUUGUGGAGAACUACAACAGCUGGAUCUGGGGGCACCAGGGCCCACAGCUCCUAACGCGUGUCUUCAAGAAGUGGUGCUCCAUCAGGAGUCUUCGGAGCAGUACGAGCUGCAAAGGAGUGAGUGCUCUGCCCCGUGAGGCUUUUUAUCCCAUUCGGUGGCAGGACUGGAAGAAAUACUUUGAAGUGGUCAGCUCCUCAGAGCUUCACCACCUCUUUAAUAACACCUAUGCAGUGCAUGUAUGGAACAAGAAGAGCCAAGGGACGAGGCUGGAGAUCACAUCCCAGGCUUUGCUGGCUCAGCUGCAUUCUCACUUCUGCCCUGCCACAUACGAUAUCAUGAAGAAGAACUCGGAACGGCAGUGACUCAGGGGUCAGCUAAGAGGUGUUGCCUGGGAGCCCAUAACUCUCCAACUGUUUGAUCACAAAUGAACCUUCUUUUGAAGUGACGUGGUGGGUGUUGAGGACAAAAGUAAUUUGUGGGGUGUAGGUGGAGCCUGUAGCUUCAGCCGAUGCCGGUGCAGCUCUUUGUCUUGACUUCAACUGCCUACCAGCAUCAUUUUGUUCAUCUGCAGGACCUUUCUUCUGCACUGCUUGGUCAGGUAGAGAAAUCUCAGACGGGGAGCAAGUGCUGGGCCACUUGUGGCAGCCUCCAUCAGCCUUUCAGAGGCGUGAGGCCCCUUUCUACGGCUGUUAAUCUGGAAGAGGCCUUUGUAGAAAUGCAUAACUCAGCCUGAUUCUCAGGACUUCUGAAGUGCAGCCCUGAAAGCAACAAAAGGAUGGGAGAGCAAAGAACAGGAACUGAGGAGGAAGUUAAGGAUGUUCUAGAGGAGGAGUCCUGAGAAAAAUGUGCAGGAAAACAGGGGAGAAAGGAGGAGCUAAAGCAACUUAUUUAGUUCCCUUCUCUUCUGAAGCCUUUGGUGGAGGAGGCUUUCUCAUGUCUGGUUUGAGGAGAGAGCAGGAUGCUGCAGUCUCUGUUUGAUGUCGUAGAUCUGAAGAUGUGGAAAUCUGGUGCGAAUCAGAAUAUGAGGAUCAGAGGCCAGCUCAUCAUUUAGAAGGAGCUCUUGCACAGCAAUGUUUUAUUUUAUAGUAGGCAGUUCAACACCCUGUGAUGAGCAGGACAGCUUGUCCAAAUCACACCUUAAAUUGCACCUGACACAGGAAGAGCUGAACUGUCUUUUACCCUGUGUUUGUCUCUGUGACCAAAUGUCCAUAACAAUGUCUAAGAUGCACCAGACCUUUCAGCACUUGGACAGGUUCUAGAGGAAAGGCAUGAUAUUUCCAACGUUACAGAGAGCUUGGUAGGGAACCUGUACUGUCUAAAUGCAGGUCCAUUUAGGAGUUGUUUAUGGUGGACCUCUUCAAGUAGCCUGGAGUGCUCCUGCAAUCCACUGUCCAGGAGUGCAGAUCUCUCCUGGGAGGUCUUGAGGAGGGUGGCGGGAACCUUUACGGUUCUCCCUGAGCAUCUUCCUGAAUUGCAAUGGAGAAGGUUACUGUAUCUCUCACAAGGUGCUGUUGUGCCAUUGAGGGUUCCCACCACGGAGGCAAGUUUGUUGGACAAACUGUGGGAGGAAACUCAUCCCUUGCGUUGGUGGCCAAAAGGACUUAUUAAUGCUCUUAGAGUUCCUGUCGGGAACUAACGGAGGAAGAGCAGUGAGAAACAAGAAUAAGGUCGAGAGCAUCAGCAUUGUUACGUCUGGUCCCCACCACACUCCAAAGGGCAUUGCUGAGGCAGAAGAGCUUGGCACUACAAUAGGGUUAAUGCAGACGAGCAGAGCGUUGGCCAUCCCCUCUCCUACACUACUACCAGAUUAUGAUCUCACUGUAAAAGCUCUUCUGCCUCCAGUGUGCCUCCUUUUCUUACGCCUGGGAACAGCAGUGGGGUGGUCCAAUGGCUGCUUUGAUGACCACGAGUCAGUCAGACCUUCAGUGUUGCCUGGCCCCAAAGUGACGGAACGUCUCUUUCACCUGGUGGUUCCUGCAAGUCCUCUGGGUGUGACUCAAAUGAUUUUUAGGUCUGCAGUUGUCUGAGGCCUCUUCUGUUUCCCAGAUCAACCAUGAGCAAUGUGAGGUUUGCUCAGUGGAGCCAAGGCAAUGGUCAAAAACAUAAAAGACACUGCAUGCAACACUUCUCUGUUUUUCUCAGGUUUAUUUGUCUCUUCUUUGAUGCUAAAAACAAGAAAGGCAAAUUGCCCAUCACUUUCACUAAACAGUUCCCUGCCCCUCAGGCUGUGGGAGCUUAAGGCGGGUGUGUUACCUUUUGCCUUUUUUUUUUUCUAACUUUAUGCUGAGCUGUCCGGUGUUGAUCGGAGGCCAGUGCUGCUUUGAUUGAAAACUACAUGCCUGUGAUUUGGGUAGGGUGUGAGGUCUGUGCACAGGUAGCUAUACUGGAGUGAAGGAGGUGCAGGAAACACCCCUCCAGUGGCUGGCACCACGCGUGUGCAUGUAUGUAGUGCUGCCCCGUUGUUCUGCCCAGCUCUAUGGUAUAUCCCAGAGGCAUUCAGGAUUUGGAAUGUCUGCAGCCCUCCCAACACUGAACAUCUUUAAGAGCAGAGACUUUGUGGGGAAACAGCAGAUCUUCCCGAAGCAUCUUCAACACACUAAGUGGUAUAAAAGGAUGCUGUUUUCAUUCCCUGCUCUCACUGUCGCCACUCUGUGAGUUUUUUUUCACUGCUUCCUUUAGAAGCAGCCACAAAAUUGUCAGCCCUGGCCGAACAUGUGGUCGCUGAGGCAUGGUUUUUCUCCUUCUACUGGUUCCUUCUGCUCUGAAGCCCUUUGACCUAAGCAGCAGAAAUCUUAGUGAGCUAGGAACCCCUACCAGAGAUGGUAAAAUGGUGGUUGGUGAUCAUAAAGGUGUAGCAGGAGACUCUGCUGCAGCAAUACCGUACACUGAUUAUGGGAGUGUUUGGUACCCACUGCAAUGAAUAUCUGGCUUGAUGUACCACUGCUUGUUCUAGGAAAGUGCCUUUUUGGGUAAAUGGAGUAGUGGUGGUGUUGUUGUUGUUUUUCUUUGUUUUUACCCCCGGCAGCGUCAACAUUCCGAGGUGUGAUAAGGAGAGAAUCAAACCAAAGCAGCCUUUGGCCUUUUUCCUUUUGUCCUGUAAAAGAAAAAUAAAUACAGUUUUUACUA